CUCUGUUUCUCCUACUGUUCAGUUGUUCUGCUCUCUCUACCUCGAUCUUGGUGCCAUGGAGGUGGCGGGAUGGUUUGUUGGUCCAAUCAUGAAGAAGAUCAUCGAAGCUUGCUCUGAUUACCUGAAAGAUCAAUUAAGAUGGCAGACAGGCAUGAAGGAGGAGCUUGAAAGGCUGCGAGAGAACCACCCCAAAAUCCAAGCUGUCUUCGACUUUGCUGCUGAAGCACAAAUCAGCGAUCCAGCUCUCAACAAAUGGAUAUGGCAGCUGCGAGAUGCUAUGGAUGCGGCAGGUGAUGUGAUCGAUGAGUUGAAGUACACGAUGCCUAAAGAACAUCUCGAAGGUGAUCUCAAAAGGGAUCUCAACUUGAAGAGGCUGGAGAAAGCUGUGCAGAAACUUGAUAAAGUUUCGGCUCAUGUUACUACUUUCCUUCAUCUCUUAGACAGCGCAAAGCAGGAACAGAAGGAGCAGGAGGUUGAUUUCUACAAAACACGUGGAACAGGAUAUUUGCCUAAAGAGAAGGAGCUUGUUAUGCAGUGGUUGAUGAAGCCAUCAAAUGAUCCUGGGACAACUAGGUGCAGAAACAUUUCUGUUCUAUCUAUAGUGGGCCAUGGUGGUAUGGGGAUGACGGCUCUCGUGCAACAUAUCUAUGAAGAUGAAAUUACAAAGGAAUUUGAUCUUAAAAUGUGGGUUAGUGUUUCCAACAAAGAUGUGAAAGAAGUCAUUAAGGAUAUGUUGGAAUCUCUUAAGAAGGAGAGGCCUCGUUUGAACACACUUGCUGCACUUCAAAAUAGUCUUUGGACUGAGAUUUUGUCCAAAAAGUUCUUACUUAUUCUGGAGGACGUUUGGGAGGAUGAGAACAGGCAUAUCAGCAAAUGGGAGAAGUUGCUCGCCCCUCUGGCUUAUGGGAAAAUGGAUAGUAAGAUUUUGGUAACAAGUCGAAUGGACUCAGUUGCUUUGACGAUUGUAAUGGUAAUUAAAAAGAAGGUGGAAAUAGUUAAAUUAGAGGGCCUAGAGGAAGAUGAGUGUUUGAGCUCCUCAACUCUCAUGCAUUUGCUGGAGUAGAGAACCCCUCUUUGGAACGUCUAACAAUUUGGAAAUGUCAUCCAGAGUUAGAAGAGCGCUGAUAUGAUCGGCACAGAAUCAAUAUUUAGAUAUAAGCAAACUUCUUUCAUCUUAUUUCUUUGAUAUAUUUGAAAUGUGACAGCAUGAACCAGUUUGUAUCACUUUGA